CCGAGCAUCCCAACAUCCCAACAACCCACUUUCAACUCUACAACACUCCAAACAACUUAUCAAUUUCACAAACACCACUCAAUACAGACAUGGCACACCACCCUGGAACAGCCGUGAACGCCCUGGGCCUCGACCUCAAUGAUGUGCCCCAUGCCCUCACAACUCAUCUAAUGUCUUACAACAGCGACCACUUCCGCCGAGCCACACAGUCAUCCUUCCUCGUACACGCUGCCAAAGGCACACUCCCCAAACCAGUACUUGCCCAAUGGCUCGCAAACGACCGUGUCUAUUUACAAGGCUAUGUUUCCUAUGCCGAACAACUCCUCAGUCUCCUUCGGCGGAUAAUGCCUAGAGAACUCGUCAAAGGUCACAAAUCAGUUGAGCACAGACUGGUGGAUUGGCUAGAGGAGGCCCUGCAAAACAUUCGGCGCGAAGAGAACUUUUUCGUUGAAAUCGCAGACACGUACAAGUUGAACGUGUCUUGGAUCACCUCAACUGCCAACGCGUCCACCAAAUCCGAGGGCCUACGUCGGUUUGAGACCCUCUUCGCCCAGACAGGCCGCAACCAAGAACACACAUUCAUCCCCUGGCUCGAAGGCGCAGUCCUCCUCUGGGCUACGGAGAAAGUUUUCUACGAAGCGUUCUCCUGGGCACAAAAGCAAGACACUCAAGCCAGCUCGAGGAUGUACGAAAACGAUCAGGACGGUGGCGCAAUGAGGAAGGAUCUCAUUCCCAACUGGUCCAACCGGGAUUUCUUGAUGCUUGUUGAGACGCUGGAGCGCAUCAUCAACGAAGGUGUCGGCAGCGCAGUGAACAAGGAUGACGCGAGGUGGAAGGAGGUCAAGACAAGAACACAUGCAGUAUGGGAGGCGUUGUUGGAUGCCGAGGAGGCAUUCUGGCCGAGUGUUGGUACAUCGACAGCGGUAAACAGCAAUGCAGGAUACGCGUCGACAUCGACCCACAGCCACGUUGGACACAAUUCGACAGCAACAGAUAGCUGUGCAGGACACACGUCGACGGGAGUAGGCGGAAACGUAGGACAAAAAUCGACGCCGGUAGACAGCAGUGCGCACAACACACUGUCUGCGGUCCAUGGCAAUGCUGCCAACAAGUCGACGGUGACCAGCGGCGAUGUAGGGCACACCAAGGAGUUCGAUGGGCUGUGGUUGAAGAGCACAGAGCAAUGGAAUGGAGGUGAUUAUCUCGGGCAGGGCAGGCCCUGGGUUCCGCAUGUGGACUGCAACUGUUGCCAAAACACGCCGCAUCUCAGAUAACCUCAUAUAUCGGAUGGCAAGACAGAAGGCUUAUGGAUUGGGACUGCGCUUAUACUUCUCUUUUUG